CUUUUUCUUCUUUGUUCUCUUUCCUCUCCUUUGCUUCGAUCGCUUCGUUAUCCAGCUGGUCUUAUGAGCAGGCCAAGUCCACCAGUCACUACUAUCCCUUGAGCAGCAAUAUCGCUCUCCAUACCCUACCCUAGCUCACUCAUCCUCACAAGUGUACGUCGUGCAUAGAUUGCAUCUCAACAGAUAUCCAUCCAUUCCUUCCCUGCAUAAUACCCUGCUGCAAAUGGCACCUCCUCUCACCCCCACCCUCGGCUCUGCCCCUUCCUUGUCAGAGCACACUGAGCAACAUGAAUCCGCAAAGGACCACCAAGCACAGCCCCACCUUCAGCAGCAACAACCGCAACAAACGCAGCUGCUUCCACUACAAGAGGAGAAUGAGGAAGACCCGCCUUCAAUUGAGUCAACGGAUGUUACUAUCAAGACCGAUGUCGACCCUCACGACGAGACCACGACCACAACCACCAUCGUCCACCUGCCCUUCCAACUCGCCCGACAGUGUCCUCCUCCAAAAGUCAUCUCGUGGAUGAAAUCCAACAAACCCACGUCGCCAAAGUCUUCUUCCCAUUAUCAUCACCACCAUCACCGCCAUCAUCCCCAUCAACGCCCCAGCAAGAGUCCGGCACUCCUGCACCACCUGCUCCCUUUCUUCUACAAGCGGAGGGGAGCUUCCAGUAAGACUAAGAAGAGCGACCGUUCUGUCACAGUGUUCUCAAUCCAGGUGACCGUUCUCGGCAGGGUCCUUGUGCCGCCAAGUUUGCCCACCAAUGAUUCGCAGCAGGACAAGAAUAAUCUGGAACAGGACAUCGUACCGACAAAGACGGUCCCUGCGCAACUGGAUCGAUCUGAGACGACCUCCUAUGUCAUCCACAGGACUUUCGAAGACUUUGAACACCUGUCCGAGAUGGUCCUUCGUCUGGAGCAUGCGCUCCAUGCGCACCUCCAAGAACAUCAUUAUUUUCAUCAUCAUAAUCAUCAUCAUCAUCAUCAUGACAACCAAAUAUCAGAUAUUGCAUUACAAGCACACCAGGACGUGCCGGUAAUACCAGCGGAUGCACCUCCACUGACGGCCCUUCAUGUACACCAUCCAUAUCCAGGACUUUAUCAGGUGCUCCUGAAAAAGAUUUCCAAUGUCAAAGCCAACCAACGCGCUUUCGAUGCCUCUUCGACGACACACGGCUUCGAUGAAGAGGGAGCCUUCGAACGGGUCUUGGAGCUGAACCAAUACCUCGAGAACGUCUGGUACUGGCUCUUGCCCGAGAAUAUCCCACCACAAUUGGAUCUUUCGGCGCAGCAGUACGAGAUCAUGCAGUGGCUCAAGCCCUCAGCCCAGAGUCACGCGGAUGGGCAGCAGAUGAGAGAUCGGCGGGAGCAAGACGAGAAAGAGCAUCCGAUCAUUCAGCAGUAUGGAUCCAUAUCGUCCUUGCGCAAGAAGGGAAGUCAGGAACCAGUCAAGAGUAGCGCUACAGAGUCGGCUACAAGGGCGUCAGAAGAAACAGCGGCAACAUUACCAGUGGCAGCAUCAUCGACGACCACAGCACCAGAGUCUACAUCCGCUCGUGGCCUCAGGCUGGGUUCCGAAGGGUCUUCGUCUGCGCCAUCGCUGCCCUCACUCUCCUCAAUGUCUACUUCGUCCUGCUCUUCGGCGUCAUCCCCAUCCAUAUCCACCGACACCAAUCACACAACUGAUCUAGACCAUGAUGAUAACGACGACACUCUUCAUGGUCACGCUGCUCCUCAGGGUUUGCCGCACACACCAUCGACUGUCGCCAGCUCUACGUUUCCGUCAUCGGGCUCUGACAAGGGAUUAGCUAGCAAGAACGACCACAAAAUUAUUACCAGUCCAGAUUCCGAAUCCGUUUUCAAAAAUCCUUCCAGGCUUUCAAGGGCAGGGACCGUACCGCGUGGGGGUCUCCGUCAAAGGGAUUCCUCUGAUCCCUUGUCGACUGAUAAGGUCAAAAGACGUAUCUCGCUCAGUCACGUCCUCAAGUCCAUGACGUUUCCGCUGAAUAACCCUCGUCACACUAUGCACGACACUGGGCACAGAAAGGGAACGUCUGCUUCGAUCUCGGCUAGUCCUACGCUUAAAGAGGCUUUUCACGAAGAAAUCGUCAUCUGGAAGACCGUGACAACCAAGAACCAUCCUGGCCAUCAUUAGGCUAGACACUCAUGUAUCAAAU